AUCACUCCCAAACCACCUUGCACCUUUGUGCCUGCCAUGCGCUGGUCAUCGCAAGUGCGGAUCAAGAUGGCCCAGAAAAGAAGGGAGCUGAGAUGAGCGACUUCAUGUUGAAAAAGCUCUUGCUGAAACUCCGGAGGGAGUGCCAAGACUUCUGUGCAGAAGCUGCUGUGGCCUCAGGCUUAUUCUUGGCUUCCUUCUCAUUCGGCAUCCUGGUCCUGGAGCAGGCUGCGUGUACUCCUCACCCACGUGCUCAUCCUUCACCAGACCUGGCAAAGGAGGUGCUGGAGGAGCUGGCAUAUGUCCUGCAGAGAGGAAUGAGGAUCCACCAUGGACGACAUGGCCGCAGAGGACCCUUGUUCAAGAAGGUUGCGAUCAACGAUGCAGAUGAGAAUGUGACUACAAGGAAUUCCCCCCACUUUGCGCCAAGCACCAUGCAGCAGGUUUGCCAUGUUUUGGAUCUUCCGUCACCAAGCCAUGCCUGA